AUCACGAACAGUGUGAUCAGUUCUCAGUUUUAUUCUCUGGAUAUUCCUGCUUCCUGACACUUGCAACUUUACUGGGUGGAAAACAUCAGUGGUGAAAUCUCACAUAUGACUCUGCAUCUACAUGGACUCACUGAAAUCCAUACUGACUGAAGGGAAAAGUGACAAACAACCUCGGCAUUCCUAUACCAUCUACAGGAAUAGGCAUUCUGAAGCCGAGGGCAUGAGCAGUGUUGAAAUGAGGGAUAUGGAACCAGACGUUGAUGAUGAAGAGGCAGACCUCACCAUUGUCAGUGACAUAGCCAACUUAGUCCUGAAGAAGCCACAUGACAAGAAGAAAGCCCUCACUUACCUUGUCCUCAUUGGUCUGUUUCUCUUCUUAACAGCAUUUCUUCUAGGUUAUGUCGCAUUCCGCAGCACAUGCCAGGCUUACUCAGAAUUUAAAGAUGAGUUACCUACAGUGGCCAGCGAUGAUCCAUAUGAAGCAUUCUCAACAGGAGAUGAAGAAGAGCUGUACUGGGUAGAUUUGAAAAGGUUGAUGCAGAAAUAUCUGGAUCCGGCCCCAGAAAAUAUUGAAAAGAUAGUCAAAAGAGUGAGCAGCAGAUCGCACCCUCCAGGCACAGGAGAAAAGGAUUUGCUUGGCAUGGAAAUUCUGGAUCAGUUCUCCCAGUACAGACUGGACCAUGUUUGGACGGACUCCCAUUAUGUCACAUUACAGUUCCCAGACAGGGGUAAUCCAAACAGACUUCAGUCCAUUGAUGCCACAACUGGAAAGCAGGACACUUUGAUGGAGGAUGCUGAGGCCUAUUGUGCUUAUAGUGGCACUGGCAGUGUAACGGGGGGACUUGUUUACGCAAACUAUGGACGCAUGGAAGACUUUCAAGCCUUGCUGGAUAUAGGUGUCAGUAUUAAAAACCAUAUUGCGAUUGUUCGUGUGGGAGAAAUCAAUUAUGCUGAAAAGGCUGCUAAUGCUCAGAGCUUCAACGCUGUGGGGCUUCUUAUUUAUCCCGAUCCAGCAGAUAUUCCACAAGAUCCGAGGGGACUAGGGCUGCCUGCAAACAUACCUAUUUAUGGCCACGUACAUUUGGGCACUGGUGAUCCAUUCUCUCCCAGCUUUCCUUCCUUCAACCACACCCAGUUUCCUCCAAUCCAAUCAUCUGGGCUGCCCAAGAUCCUGGUUCAGCCAGUCAGUGCUGAUGUUGCUUCCAGACUUCUAAGCCAGUUGUCAGGUCAGGAUGCUUUCCGAGGCUGGAAAGGCCGUCUUUCCUACACUGGAUAUAGGCUGGGCCCUAACUUCACAAUUCCUGGGAAACAACUAAGGCUUACAGUCAAUAAUCGUAUGAUACCUACCAUGAUUAACAACAUUUUUGCAUCAAUUGAAGGGAAGGUUGACCCAGAUCACUAUAUUAUAAUUGGGGCACAGAGAGACUCCUGGGGCCCAGGAGCUGCAAAAUCAGGAGUUGGAACUGCCAUUCUGCUGGAACUGGCUCGCUGUAUGUCAGAAAUGGUUCAGAACGGAUUUAAGCCACUGCGUAGUCUUCUCUUUGCAAGCUGGGAUGCUGGUGAUUUUGGCAGUGUUGGUGCCACAGAAUGGCUGGAGGGAUACCUAACCAUGCUACACCUAAAAGCAGCCGCCUACAUCAGCGUUGACAAAGCAGUACUAGGUGCUGAGAAGUUUUAUACACAGCUUUCUCCCUUGCUGGCAAAUGUGGUAGAAUCCAUCAUUAAACAGGUGGAAUACCCAAACCAAAGUGGUCAAAGUAUCUACACUCGAGUCAGCAGAAGAGAUCAGAAAUGGAAGACCAACGUCUUUAAAGCUCUCUCCCUGGAUAGCAGUGCCUAUGCUUUUACAUCGUUUGGUGGAGUGCCAGCUGUGGAAUUCACUUUUGCUGAUAGCUUUCGGAAUUAUCCAUUUCUCAACACCAGGCUGGACACCUAUGAAAACUUAAAUGCAAUCCUUCAGGGACGCCUGACAGAUGUUGCUAAAACUGUCGCUGAGGUCGCGGGGUUGGUGGCACUGAAAAUGGCACAUGACUACCUGCUCCCCCUGGACUACAGAUGUUACAGUGAUGUGCUACUGCAGUACACAUCAAAGCUCAGUGAGUUCUACCCAGAAUUAGAGUCUCAAGGUCUGACACUUCAGUGGAUAUAUUCUGCUCGGGGAGAUUAUCAUCGUGCUGCAGAAAAACUGAAAAAAGCGAUCUACAACUCAGAGGAACACAACGAGAGGCUGAACCGAAUGUAUAAUGUCAAGAUCAUGAGGGUGGAGUUUUACUUCCUGUCACAGUAUGUUUCGACUAUUGACUGUCCAUUUCGUCACAUCAUCCAUGGACGAGGAAGCCACACCUUCCAGGCCCUUCUGGAUCACCUGACUCUACUUAGAUCCAAUCCACAGAAGUUCAAUGAGACCAUCUUGCGGAACCAACUAGCCCUUGUGACUUGGACACUGCAAGGGGCAGCCAAUGCCCUCAGUGGUGAUGUCUGGAAUAUUGACAACAACUUCUAGAUGCCUACAGGCCAGAACUCUGCACAGACUUCAAGGGCCUUAUGGAUUAACACAGUGCCAUCUCAUAAAAUAUAACCUAGAAAUUUUGGACUGUGGAUAUACUGGAGUUCUAGCAAAAGAGUAUAAGGAAAAAGCUACAGCACAUCUAUGAUCAAAAAUGACCAUCUUCUAUACUAUUUCCUUGCUGUCUAGUGCAAAAAUAAUGGCGUCAGCAUAUGCCACUCUAUAAUGUAAUGGCUUUAUUUAUGGCAUAUGACUGUACAUCUUAAUACAACUGUUCUACAGCUACACAAAAACAACUAUAAUAAAUAGGAGUUACCAAAAAAGUCAUAUGAACAAUGUUUACAAAAAAAUAACAGAUGCUAUAAAUAUAAAGAGCAAACAAUAUGCAGAUGAGUAGGAAGUUCUUCUAUUAUGCAUGCAUCCUUAUAAAAUGAUUUCUGCAUCCACUAAACAAUAGAAUCCAACCAAAAGGAUACAGUAAAAAUGUCACAUGGAAACCCAGAGUCUACCACACUUGGUUAAAAGAAUUAGUUAAAACACAAAAUUCAGACAUAUGAAAAUGACAGCACAAAAUGUACAGGAUAAAAAAAACUCAUACAGCAACCAUGCAUCUACAUAUGAAGAUAGCACUCUUUGCUAAAGGAAGACAUACAUUUUUGAAGUAUACAUUAAUGCUACAUUUUUGCAUAGGAAAAAAAAACAUCUACCCCGGCCCCCUUUACUUACUAUUCUGUGUCUAACAGUAUAUUGUGAAAUACCAAAUAUUUUAUUUAGAUUUUAAAAUAAACCUUUUUACCUUUCUGAGCAAUAUAGAGGAUCAAGUCUAAAUCUCAGUUCAAAACUUAUACCACUAUGCCUUAAUAAUAAUAAUGACAGCUGUGACAUAAGGAGAAAGGCUAAGCUGAGCUGUUGAACACCAGUCACAAAUGUAAACCUGUAAUUCACAGAAACAGAUUGGCAGUAAGAUACAUUUUGUCAU